AUGGGAGCUUAUUUUCUGAUAACAUUUUAUGUUCCUCUGCUGAUUUCUUUGUUUGCCUCAGGAAUUAGUGUGACAUUGAAGAACUCAAGUGAAAGUGGUGAAGCAAAGUGCAUAGAGAGCGAGAGGCAAGCACUCCUCAGCUUCAAACAAGGCCUCAUAGAUAACUUUGGCAUGCUGUCCACAUGGACCAAUAAUACAGAUUGCUGCAAAUGGAAACACAUUCUCUGCAACCAUCAAAGUGGUCAUGUACAAGUGCUUGAUCUUCAUGGAAACUACCACUAUACACCGUAUUUGAGAGGUGAAAUACCAAAAGAGAUUAUGUACAUGCGCCGGUUGGUUUCUUUGAAUUUAUCAAGAAACAAUUUGAGUGGAGAAAUUCCUUCGGAGAUUGGGAAUUUAAAGACACUAGAUUCCCUUGACCUAUCAAGAAAUCAUUUGUCUGGAAAAAUUCCUCCUACUCUUUCCAAUAUUGAUCGUCUUGCCAUGUUAGACUUAUCAAACAACCAUCUCAGUGGAAGAAUUCCAUGGGGAAGACAGUUGCAAACCUUUGAUGCCUCUAGUUUCCAGGAGAUGAAACAGUGACAAAGUCUAAAGGAGCAGAACUGUGAUGCUCCGACACGGUGGUUGGACGCCGCUUCCCGCUCCCGAAGCGGACACGGACGCGGAGGCGCGGCGGACACCUGCACGACACGGUGUCGGAGGCUUCUCUCUGGAUCAGACACGGCCAGGUCGGAGACACGCGUCGGCGGACACCUGUAGGUGCUCGGAUGCGCGGCGGACACCUCGCGAGGAAGAUGGUUCUCUGUUCACGCUCUCUGUUCACGCUCUCUGUUCACGCCCUUUUCACCCUUUUCACGCCCUUCUCUUUUU